CGGAUAAGGUAGAGGAAAUAUAUGAAUAUGCAUAGAACAGCCCGACUCGUCAUCAUCAUCGAGUCGGCGCAUGUUAGCAUAAGAAUCAGAAUUUCUUUUCUGGUCGUGAAGCAUGUUUGCUUCUUCAGAAUUGUGAUUAACAUAGAAAUCCGUUGAUCGAUCUCUUCUCCGACUACUUUCGGUUCAUCGAAUCCCUUCCUCCUCCAAUCGAAUCAAUCGAGCAAUAUGUAUGUGGAGAAGAGAUCGAGAAACAUAGUGGAUAUGAGCAAUGUAAGGAAACCUCCUUCAUUGGUAGACCUUUGCAUUAGGACAGCAAUAGAUAACGUAAGAUACCUUGGGGAUGUUGGCGAGACAGAUUCACAUCUUCUUGAACGUAUUCUACCGCAUUGUACAAUGGAUCAGUUAAUACAUGUUGAGAAGAGUACAAAAGGAAGGGAUCUCAGUCCAGUAACUGAUAAACUGUGGAAGAAUUUCUAUGAGCUGCAGUUUGGUCGUGCGAGUACAAAUCUUGUAAUUGAGAGGAUGAAGCUCAAGAAAGUUUCAUUUAGAUGGAGACAGUUGUAUGAGGCAAAAUUGAAGGACGUUCAGGAGGCUGAGAACAAAGCAAUUGAUCGGCUUAAGCAACUAUACAAGAAAGAAGAUGCUAGAAAACAAAGCCGGCAGGUUCAGCUUUGCACAAAGGUUCCGCCUUCAAGCAAAAGAAGCUUUUUCGCUGGAAGUGGACCUGGCUACAAUCUCUCCUAUGUCAAGAGCAACAUAAUGAAGAAGGCGAAGAUAGAUCUUAUGAAGAGUCAAGAAGUGAAAAAUCUUGCAGCCAUGAAGAAAAAGGCAGUGCAGACUCAUCAUAGGGGUACCACCAUAACAAAGUCAAGUGGGUUAUGUGGAAAGAAUUCUGCUUCAAGUUCAAAGCUUGCCAAACCUUUAGACAGAAGAUUUUAGAAGCAUGUUUUUGAACAUUUAAAAUGCGCAGUCCCAAAAAGGUUCAAGUGCGCUCCUCUCCUUUCUGUUUUCUUUUCUUUCUCUCCCUUUUUUUUUUUGUUUUUCCCUUGUAAUAUUUGGAAAGUAAAAAUAGAUGCAUAUGUAAUUUGAUAAAUUUUAUUUUCAAUAAUGUAAUUAUUUUCUAAGGUU